AUGGCAAGAAAUACUGUCGACGGCCACACUGCCCCAAAUCAGCAACUGAGGAGACGGCCGAGAUACGAGAGACUGGCAAAUACGACGUCCACGUUUCGAUCCAUCCAGCCCAAGCAAUCAGCGAUUGAAGAGGCUUCACGACGUGAGCAGGCGGAAGCAAUUGUGAGGGCGCUGCCCAAGCUACGUCGGCGAGGGCCGCCGCCGCGAAAGCGAAUACCACAGCCCAGCGAUGCCUCGAGCACAGGAGGGUUUCCCAGUAAGCUUGUCUGGUCACGAGAGACGGAGGGUGCGUCAGGAGAUGCGCAUUUAGCUGGAGUGUCGUCGUCAAAGCCACUAGUUCAGACUGCUUGUGAAGAAACAGGCCAACGGCCAUGGAAAGACGACGUCGUGGAGCGGAGGCGGCCGCAGCGGCAGGGAAAGAGAAAUCGUCAUCCUGGGCGAGAUGAAUCUCCAAGGAAGCGAAGUCGACGUGGAACUCGAGGCCAGAGGAGGCGGGCGUUGCAGGCCGAGGACUUGACGAGCGUGUUGGGUUACUUAGAGGAGGAAUUUGCCGUGAAGGAGAGCCUGUCGAAAGAGCAGAUGUGGUGUACGCCAAUACCACAUGAGAGAAAGGUCUCGACUGCAGAAGAUUUCUAUAGAGCGUUCCACGAUACGAGCAACUUGCAGUUAUGGACGUGUAUGCUCUGCUACCGCAAGCGCACGAAAAAGGAGUUGAGAGAUGUUAAAUUGGAACCAUGGAAGUUGAACGGUAUUGCAAAUAACGGCCGGUCGCCGUUUUCAUGUCGGAGCUGCAUACCUGAGGGCGAGAGUGUCCUAGUCUGCGCGGAGUGCGUACGUUGUUUGGGACGCAACGCCCUGUCGCCUGCGGCCCAGCUCCAUAGACGUAUUGGGUGUGAGCAUAUGUUCCCCGAAGAGCUGAAGGGUCUCACUCCAGUGGAGGAGAAACUUAUCGCGCUGAACUCAUGUUACGGGUUCGUCACAAGGUACAGCGUUGCGAGCGGUCACAAGCAAAAUGCCAUUUACCCAAAGCACAUCAAGGGCCACAUCACAGUGUUCCCGAACAAUGUGCAGGAGCUGGCCACAAAGGUACUUCCCCAUCCGCUCGUGCAAGUUAUGGAAGAGAUCCAUAUCUCGUGGCAAGGCGCGGAGAAGCCAGCACCAAGCGACUUGUCGGGGCUUUUGUCAGUCAGGCGACGAGUCAUUGAGGGCGCACUCGUCUGGCUGAAGAUGAACAACCCGCAUUACGCUGAGAUUGAGAUUGAUGCGGCGGAAAUGGAAAGCUGGGGCGCACCGCCGCAUGGGGUGCCGUCCCUGGUGUACGAUUGCAUGGAACGGAAUGAGCCAACGGCGUGGGAAAAGGCACGAACGGCGCAGGUUGUUCCCCCAACAGAGCGUGGUAUGGACGAAGAGGAUUCGUUGGAGAUUGAGGAGGUCCUCGCGCGCCUUGAUCGAGAAGACGAACACAGUGGCCGGGCACAAGGGCCGGGGUUGGGUCAAGACGAAGGUGGCCUCUGGGGCGAGGCCGAGUCUGGCCAAUGGGGAAAACCGAUCAACGAAGUCACUUCAUCCGCUAUGUUUGCGCUGGAUGGACCGCCAGAUGUUCACGAUAUGGAAAAGGUUUUGUUUGCCUGCAAUGUUGUGAACGGAGAUGCGGCCGGGAGAGCCAAGGCAGGCCCGACAACACGAGUGGAAUCGGUAGAGCGACAGACGGGGCUCGCCAGCCGGCGUGAGCCAUAUAUUCACGCUCAUCGGGGUGAGGAAUUCGCCGACUCGUUUGACGCCUCGUUCUUCGCGAAGACCUUUCCCACGCUAUUACCGUUUGGUAUUGGAGGCCCACGUUUGGCGGAAGAAGCCACCCCUAGCGCGGGAACAGGUAGUGAUAUUCGUGGAGUAGAGGCAGCGGCGCAAGAUCUCGUCUCAUCCCGUAACAUGAGUCUGCGAACGUGGGCCGAUAUCAUGCUCCGACGCCACGGGGGCCGAUUUGCAACGCACCACAUCUUUGCUUUCCUUGUGUUUAACAUAAGUGUACGAUCGAAAAACCGUCGGUUCAGUAUGUUGAGCGUGAAGAGGCAAAACUUCCGGAAGAUAGAGCGCAUUGUAGGAUCGCUCUCAGCAGACAGGUUAGCGGCAGCUAGGACCGAGUUGGAGAACUCUGGCAGAACGACUGACGAGGGCGUGAAGGAGCUUUUGAGAAGCCUUUCCUUGUACGGCUUCCGGCAGCCAAUGUCCAGAGAAAACCGUCUGAGUAUGCGGCGGAAAAUACAGUCGCUUGUGCUUCGUCACGGCAUUCCUGCGAUCUGGUUUACGCUCAACCCAAAUGACAUCACAAACCCGGUAAAGCUGCGGCUUGCGGCAUAUCGCACUCGUGAGCCUGACACAGCUGAAGCUUUCUUGAAGAGCCUUGACAAAUCAUACAGACGACUGCGGCUGGCCAUCUCCGACCCGAUGAGCUCGGCCAUCUUCUUCCAUCGAGAGAUGACGUUGUUCUUUGAGCAUUAUGUCAAAGUGGGAGCGGAGUCGGUAUUCGGGCGCAUCAUCCACUACUACGGUGCUGUGGAGACCAACGAACGAGGGGCGCUGCAUGUCCACGGGUUGCUUUGGCUGCACGGAAACGCAAACUUGAGUACGAUGAUUACCGAUGUCGACGGCGAAGAUAAAGCCACGUAUCGUGAAAGGAUCAUCAGAUACAUCGAUAGUGUCUUCUGUGAGGACCUAGACCAGGAAGGAUAUUGCGCCCUCCAAGCGGAACGGUCGGUUACAUCAGACAUUUCCUCCCUGCUCAGCAACAGGGAGCAAUUUUCGGCCGCAUUUGACGAGGAGGCGAAUUUCUGUGCUGGUGCAACACAGAUCCACACCCACAGCCCGACUUGCGUCAAGUACUCUUUGAAUAAGGGUAAAAGAGCAAAGCAGCGUAGUCUUUGUAGGUUUCAGGCGCCAUGGAGACUUGUCGAAAAGACUGCCUUCACGGCAGACGGCGUGCUGCAAAUUCGAAGGAGGCAUAGCAUGGUGAAUCGGUGGAACAAGGCUAAGGCUGUGGGGCUUCGCCACAACCACGAUAUCUCCUUCAUAGCGACGCAGCGGAAGACCAUGGCACUCGUGUUCUAUGUCACGAAUUACACGACCAAGGCAGAGGACCCGGUAUGGAAGCGCGUCGCUGCUGCCGCAGAACUGCUGCCUGUCGUCUCAGCGAGCCGUGGACCGGCGGCUAAGGGCGGGGAGGAUAUUGGAGAUAACGGUGCCACUGAUGGCGCUGCCGGGAACAGGACACGGCAAUUCUUGAUGAGGGUGGCGAACCGCAUAUUCACGGAACGGUCUUUGUCGCAAGUGGAAGUCAUCGCCUACCUUCUCGGAUACCCGACCGAGUUCACUAAUAGCAGCGCAUGGGCGUUCCUGAAUGUUUCUCUGCUGUACUGGCACGUCUUCCGUAGGUGGCGACACCUUCGCCAAGAGAGCGGCACAGCGGUUGGGGACGAUCCCGUGGACGACUCAAUCUUCGUGGAAGAAGCCGGCGAGAGAAUCAGCUAUGUCGAGGCAUAUGAGCACCGAGGGGGGGUCCUAGGGAGUCUGUGUCUCUACGACUACACAUCGCUUGUCAAGCUCAGGCGCACGGACAAGGAUGAGACCGCUGCCUCCUGGGGAGAGGUACCCUUUGAAAGCGGAUGGGGACCUGGAAGACGUUGGUUGCAGGUGCUGAGACGGCCGGGAAAGUACGCCAGUGUCUGCCUGGAUGGCUACCUGAGUAAGGAUUUCGAUCAGGAUGAUGAAGGCUCGUGCCAUCGGAGGGCAGCUGUGCAACACCUUGCGCUGUUUGUGCCAUGGGAGUCUUUCUUGUGCGAAGCAACGGACGACAUCAACCUCAUUUGGGCGCGGGCACUGAAGGCGCUGUCUCCGAGAGUAUCAUGCCUCGUCGAUAACGUUCAGCUACUUCGUCGGUCGGCCGAAGACGCAAAACGCGACGCCAGGCAAUGGGCGGUCUCAGCUGGCGACGCUGACUUCACGGUUACACAUGCCGAUGAGGAGGGAGAAGGGGAGGGCGACGAGGCCGCCUCGGUUCGCGAGUCUGACAGCAUUGGUAACACGACGCGUCUAAUUGACGUCAUGAGAAGUGCACUGGGCUCCAACCAGAUCGCUGCCGGCUCGCCGGAGCUCAUGGCAACACUGAAGCAGCUCUGCCACUUUCAGCUAUCAGGGCUGAGCUCGGCUGGUGAGCUCUUCGCCACCGUAAUACCCGAACGAGGAGAAAGAUGGAUAGGCAUACACGGAGGAACCUUGUCCGGGGCCAGUAUACCACCGCAGGAUCAGGUCAAAGCCAUCAAGUCGCAGCAGAUAUGUGCCUCCAGAGAGAGGGAGCGGAUGAUCCAGGGUAUACAAAAUAUGGCUGUGGCCCACGAAACUGAGCAAGGUAUCGUGAUGCGAAAUGUGCUCAGUGGUUUCGGCGAGGAGGAUAUUGAGAUGACGGGAGCGGACCUGGAAGAAAGGGUAGGCGAGGCAGGUCCAGGUGUCGAAGUCGACUUUGGCAUAUCAACAUCCUUCCUCGAGACAGGCAAGACUCUGGCAGCACGGUUCAAGUUGAAUAAGAGACAGACAAUCGCCCUCCUGAUCAUAUGCCGCCAGCUCGAUUUGAUACAAUGCGGCGCCAAAAGCGAAGUCAGUCAGCUCUGCCAAUUUGUUGGCGGAGAAGGCGGCACGGGGAAGUCACGCGUCAUUGAAACGCUUGUUGAGCUCUUUGCAUGCAAAAAAAUAUCGAACCGCCUCUUGAUAACGGCGACUUCGGGGACGGCGGCAUCGCGAAUUAACGGCAUCACAAUCCACUCCACCUGCGGGUUCUCCAAGGACCAAGCAACAGGCACAAGCAUGGGCAAGGAUCUCGGCGGUGUGCGACUGGCGAAACAAGAGAAAGACCUCCUUGUCAUCAACGAGGUGAGCAUGUUAGGAGCCCAGAUGCUACACGCGGUGAACGAGCAACUCUGCCAACUCCGCGGCUCACAUCAAGAGUUCAGCAGGAUCCCCAUCGUGCUCUUCUGCGGAGACUUCCAACAGUUCCGGCCAGUACAUGACAGGUCAAUCCUUUUACCAAGCGUGGCCGUCUCGUGGGACGAAGACAACUCGUUCAAGGUCGAGCAACGACACCAACACGACAAGGCACAUGCACUAUGGAGGAAAUUCACGACGGUCGUCAUGCUGGACGAACAAGUUCGUGCCGCCGGGGACCCGGAGUUGCAGCGCUUGCUGAAACGGAUUCGAAUGGGCGUGCAGGACAAAACGGAUCUGGAUCUCCUCAACGCAAGGUGCUACCGAGAAGAUCAACGAAUUCCGUGGGAAACAGGAAUCACCGUGGUCCAGCGGCGGUCAAUGAUGCGAAUCUUCUUAUCACAGCAUAAGUGGAAGAAUGGUCCGCCGACCGAGGAAGAAGCCACCAUGAUGCUAAACCAGGGGGACGACAGUGCGAUACCAGUACCGGGCGUCUUCAUGUUCGUACCAGGGAUGCCAGUGGUCGUGAAUCGCAACACGCACCAGGGCUUAAAGCAGUUGGAACUCUGA